AAAUAAGCAUAGGGGGUCAAAUAAGGUAGACCCUUACCAAUGCAAUCCUGACGUGCUUCACUUACCCGCCUAAUUUUCUUUUUAUUCCCGGCUAAAACCAUUUUCUUUUCACAAAAGAUUACGUGCCAACUUCCAAGAGGAGAGCUCGGAAAAGGAAAAGAAACGAAAGAAAGGAAAAUCGAGGUAGAAGAAGGCUAUGUGAUGUGAGGGGAAAUUACGUGAGAUAUAAGCCAAAUCCAUUGAAUUCUAUCGUUAGCUGGCUGCUUGAGCUGAGUUCUUUGAUUGGCCUCCGUGCUAUACUAAUUUCUGAAGACCUCCUGGAGGAAUUCUCUGCUUCAUUUCUCGAGCGGCUCUUACCCGCUUCGCCGGUUGUCCGAUUUGCUGUGAAGCAGGAGAGCGGCCGCCUUCAGUCAAGGAAAAUCGCUGAAGACAGCCGCAGAUUGCCAGAUUCGUAGUUCCGCUUCUGCUUCGGCGCACCUGUUCGGUGUGGAAUGAUGGAGGUGAGCCCGUCUCCGGAGCAAGGAGUGAUGGCGGGAAGGGAGCCGUUCGGGCUGCCGAAGACCCCGGCAACGCCGCCGUCCUCCGGGGGCACGCAGGGCCUGCGCAUGGCGUACACGACGGACGGCACCGCCAUCUUCACCCCGGUGAGCUCCGUGCCGCCCGCGACGGCGACAUACCAGCCCGUGGGCGGCAGCGCCGCGUCUGCUUCAAGCUUGGCUGGCGUAGGAGGCAAUGGUGGCGCGCCCGUGCACUCGGGUGGCGCGGGUGAGCCGGGGACCAAGAAAAAGCGUGGCCGGCCAAGAAAGUACGGCCCCGACGGCUCCAUGUCGCUGGCAUUGGUGCCCGCAUCCAUGGCUGGGGAGCCGGCGCCGGCGGCUCUUGGAGCUUCCGGUCCUUUCUCGCCUAACGGCCCGAAGGCGCCGAACACUGCGCCGUCAGCGUCGCCGGACGGCGCGAAGAAGCGGGGCCGGCCGAAGGGCUCCACCAACAAGAAGCACGUGGCUGCGCUCGGGCCAGCGGGGGCAGGUUUUACGCCUCAUCUUAUUUUUGUAAAAGCCGGAGAGGACGUAUCGGCAAAGAUCAUGUCGUUCUCGCAGCACGGGACACGCGCGGUCUGCAUCCUUUCAGCAAACGGCGCCAUAUCAAAUGUGACGCUUCGGCAAUCUGCCACUUCGGGUGGAACGGUGACAUACGAGGGUCGUUUCGAGAUACUGUCUCUGUCCGGGUCGUUUCUUCUGUCAGAGAACGGUGGCCAGCGCAGUCGAACUGGUGGGCUCAGCGUUUCGCUAGCAGGCCCCGACGGCCGUGUCCUGGGUGGCUGUGUUGCCGGACUCCUGACGGCUGCUUCACCGGUACAGAUCGUAGUGGGGAGCUUCGACGCCGGUGGAAAGAAGCAGCCGAAGCAGCAGCAGCAGCAGCAGCUUGCUCCGUCACCGGCGCCACUAAAUCUCGCGCCGACGGGCGUGGCGGCAGGGCCGAGCAGCCCGCCGUCCAGAGGCACAUUGAGCCUAAGCGAGUCGUCCAGUGGCGCCCCGCCGAGCCCGCCGCACGCAGGGGCCAGCGGUGGCCAUGGGCAGCAGCAGCAGCAGCCACAGCCAGGUGGCUUCUCCGGUCUGUUCUGGAAAUGACGAGACCCCCGGACACCGUCUGACCGUGGUAGAACUGGCAGAAAGGACUAAAGGCGCGUGAGGCACUCGUCGAGGCCGAAGCUCACUCGGUGAGAAGCAGCGGUAGCUUGUAGGUGGUGUCAAGACUGUGUAGCUCUUGCUGUUGCUGUAGGUGUAAAUCGUGCGUUGUGAUUGUGAGGUGGUUGCUUAUUGUCUGUCGUCUGGAAUGGAUGCCGUGUACUGAACCUGUGCCCCCAAUGCAGCAUGUCGGAAGUUCUUGGUUUCUUCUGCUUGGGUGCAUCGGCUUGCCGCACGAUAUGCAUCCAUGCCCAUAAUAAUACGUGUAUAGAUCCACCUUGUUGUGAAGGUCACACACAACUCA